UGAGGGGCGAGCAGAGGUGCUGGGGGAGCAACUGGCAGAAGGGGUCUGAGCCUAGGCAGCUGGGAGGAUGCCAGGCCCCCUGUGGGCCUUCCCCGCCAUGGCCAGCGUCCAGCCACCACCCUCCUCUGAGACCACCUGCAGCGGGGCCAGACCGCGGGGAGGGAGAGACAAGGACGGCCGAGGGCUCGGACACAGGGUUUAGAGCUGAGAUCGGGAAAGAGAGCGUCCAGGUGGGAAAUGGAGGGGCAGCGAGAGGGAGAGACGCCAGGGCUGGCGGGCUCCUGUCUCGGGAGAUGUUCUCCCUCAUCUCACAGAGGUUCUGCGAGGUGGGGGCCCUCCCCAAGCCCUGAGCCGGCAGGUGACACAGCUGGGGUCCCUCUGCCACACCUGCCCAAGAGGUCUGCUGCAGCAGAGCAGGCCCUGAGAGACCCCGGGAGGCCAGGGCAGAGCGGGGAGGGGUCUCGGGAGACCCGGCAGGGCAGGGCAGGGCACUCGCUGACCUGAGAUGGGAGCUGCCCAGGGAGGGGGCAGGGCCCGCCUCGGGGCCAUGGGAAGCAGCAGGCGCUGGGCCACGGGGAGGCUGCAGGGACAGUUUUUCCCAUCCUUGCCCCUCCUCCCGGACUUCCUCCUCUCUCCCGGUUUGGCAGGGUGCGUGCUGCGUCCUGUCCCCGGAACAGGCAGCCUGUUCAUUCCGGGCCUCCACACUCCAGACUGUCUUCCCUCCUCCCUCCUGCCUUAGCGCCUCCCGGUCCGGUCUUCAAGGAAAGUUUUGUAUUUUUCCGAUGAUCCUGGCACGGCGGUGCCCGACCCAGCUGCUCCUUGCAUCCUCCAGGCCAGGGGGCCGAGCCGCGGGGCCAUAGGCACAGGUGUGGGAAGCCCAUCCUCAAAGGACCUUCAUUCCUCACCACCCCCAGCCAUGGUAGAAGGGAAACCAAGGCCCCGAGAGGGUCUGGGGCUGGUCUGAGCCCCUCAGCCGGGAAGCCAAAGCCAGGAAAGGCUGGUGCAAGGAUGUGGGGAUGGGCCCGCCAGCUCCCGGAGGCGUCGUGAGCACGGUUCACCUCCUGCGUGACUGCGGGUCCUGAGCUUGCUCUGGGCACAUGGAGUAGACAGACCCCUGCUUCCUACCCUGAAGAGUCUCCGUCCGGCCAGAGGUGCCCCAUACCCCAAGUGUGCCAGCAGCCCAGAGGGGCCCUGCCAGGCAGGGACAGCCUGAGGAGCGAGCACAGUGCGCCAGCCUCCACCGCUCACUUCCGGAGCCAUAAAAGGAGAGAGGCUGAGAAUAGCUCGUGUGACGGCGCGAGGAGCUUCCCCACGCAGGUGCAGGCAGCAGGCUGCGGCAGCGAAGACGAGCUCUGUCCCAGCUCCUCCCUGGCCCGUGGUCCCUCCUCCAUGCCCUCUGCUGCCUCUCCCUCCCCGCCCUGGGGGCUGGGGCCUGAGCCCCCAGCCCUUCGAGCUGCCUGCCCCACCUGGCCGUCUCGUCCACAGGCCACCUGGUCCAGCUGAGGGCUCCCUCCUGGGCUCCUGAUCCCACAGCCGCCAACCCGGGUGCCCUGCCCAGCUGCAGGCUCCUGGGCGACCCCAGGCUGGCAUCUUCCCCCACUCCCCCCGCCCCCCCCCGAAGGUGGGCACCUCCCUGUCUGCUGUCGGCCUCUCAGAUGCCAGGCAUGGGCCACGAUGAUCUUUGGCCCUCAGGGGCCCAGGGUCUGCCGGGCCUCAGCCUCCUGGCCCCAGGUCUCAGCUCGACAUAUCCCCGGGCUGCCCCACAGGGUGCCUCGAUGGGCAUCUGUCCCUGGGGCACUGUCCGCUCCCUCCGGCUCUGUGCUCUGCCGUUGCUGCCGCGUAGUUCUUACUAACUGAACGAAGGGCCUGUGCUUCUGUUCUGCCACGGACCCCGCCAGUUAUGCAGCCGGUCCCACCUGCCAGGGUCACCUUCUUGGUUCUGGGGUCUCUCUGGAAAGAGGAUCGACACAGAAGGCGUGCGGGAGAAGGGGCCCCACUGUGUGCCGAGCAUUUCCCUGUGCCUUGGAACAGGCUGGGCAAACCAUCUUUGUCAGCCACUUUACAGAUGAGGAAGUUGAGGUGCAGAGAGGGUGGGAAAUGUGCUUGGGGAACCAGCUGGUGAGCAAAUGACCGAGACUCCUGGCCCUGAGGCCGAUCCUGUCUGACUGUCCGCUGCCAUCGGCCACUGUCAAAGUCCAGGGUCGGGCUACUCCGGACACCCUCUGAGCCUCAGUUUCUUCAGCUGAUGGGGGAGGGUCGCCCCUCGGAGGUUCAGGGUGGGGGGCGGGUCAGCAGGACCCCUGACCCGCAUGCCUUGUUCCCAACCCAUGUCCCCUCUUCUGCAUCCUUGGUCCUAAGAUCCGUGUCCAGGCAGCUGCCUGACCAGGGGGUGGCAGCAACCUCUGGAAGCGCUCCCUAGGGUGGGGGGGCCGCCAUACCGGGUGGCUGGGGGAGCCCAGGGAGGGUGAUGACGUCUCAGACAUUCGCCUGCCCUACCACGUGCUGGCACUGUGCCUCUUCCUGGUUUGGGGGUGCCUGUCUGAUCCCCACAAGCCAGUGCAGACCCCGGAGGCCCGCACAGACCACUAGGCUCCUUCCCCCAUCCCGGCACGGCACAGCGCCCGCCUCCUCCUGUCCCCGCCUCCCUCCCCUGGCUGAGCUCCAGCCGGCUGUUAAGACUGUGACGUCCCAGGAGUCAGGAAUCGCCUGAGAUGGCCGAGGAGCUGGGUGCACAGCCCAGACUGCCAUGGGUGUCCCCGCCCGCACCCCACUUCAUGGAUUCUUCUAAACACACCCUCACUCCUCCCUGGCCACGCAGACUGGGCGUCAGGCCCCCAGGCGGGGGCGGGGGCGGGGCAUCACGUCAGGGGACGGGCCCCUAAGAGAAGGCCCGGCAGCAGGGCUGGGGGGCUGCAGGCUUAGGCCGGGUUGGGCCUCAGAGCGAGGAAGAGUAGAGCCAGCCGUCCUGGGGGUCGGCGCUGCCCACCAGCUCUGGAAGCAGGCUCGCCCCGCCCCGUGCUGGCGCCGGCCCAUGACUGCCCUAUGGACAGGUGUCCUCCCUGGAGGUGCCGCCCUUGGCCCUCAGCUGGAGGUGAGGAGCCUCUGGGACCCCUCAGGUUUCGGGCGGAGGCAGGGGUGGGCUCCAGGGCCCUCCGCGCCACGGCCCACUCGCCCAGACCCACGGCCGCCCCUGCCCUCUGCUCCCCUCCUGCCUGGGUCCCAGCCUGGUGCUCUCGCACCACCCCUCCCUCGUUCUCUCCCUCUGUCUGGUCUCUGAAUCCAGGCCUGGUGCCCACUGGCCCGGCCCCUCAGCCCUCCUGCAGACGGUGGUCUUUGUCGGCCCUGUCCUUGUCCACCCAGAAGGAGGCCAGGCCCUCCGAGUGUGCACUGCCUCUAGGGCUGCGGGGCAAACCACAGGGCAGAGAGGAGAGCUGGCGGGGAGGCCCGGAUGCGGCCUCUGGGGGCAGAGGUCUGAGCCCCAGCCCGGAGGUCGGGGUGAGGUUUCAGGGCCCUGCGCUGAGAAACGGGGGCCUUUCCACAGACCCCCGGCCCAGCCCCCAGCAGGCGUCCGCAGGCCCGCAGGUCCACUCCGGUAACGGCCCCAAACACCCCUCCUCCUGGAGAGGGUGGGGGACACCGAGACCGACUGGGGGCUGCUCCGCGCUCUCCGCCCUGACGGCACCGCCCAUCCCAGAACCAGGCUGUCCCCAGGGCCCUGUGUACCCCCAACAGGUGGGGCUUGGGGGCUUGGCUCCCUCACACCAGGUUGGGGCAGAGACUGGGGAGCCUCGGGGAGGAGUUGAGACACCCCUAGACACUGGCCUCUCCCCUCCCCUGCAGAGUCAGGACUCCCACACGCUGCCCUCCCUCCCAGGCCCUCCUCCCAGCCCAGCUCGGCCCCAGGACCUAUCCGAGCCGGCCCGUCACCCAGCAACUUACCGCCUACCACCCACUUCCAUGGGCAGGGGCAGCUUGGGGAGCCGUCCAUCUCCUGCUACCCCAGCCCCUGCCGGGGGCAGCCAAGUGGAAAUGGGCCCUCCAUUUACAGCCUCAGCACCGCACGAGGAAGCCACGUUCGCCGAACUGGGCAGGCGCCGCAUUUUUCUAAAUAAACGUAAAAUGCCACGUCAGGAGCCCACAGGACCUAGGCGUCUCCCCUGGCAAGAUGAGAGUGAGCCUGGGGAGGCGGGAGGUGGUAUCCUGGAGGGCCGUCCCAGGCAGGCCUGCAGGCUCACGUGCCCCCUGUGUUCCCCCACGCCACCCUCAGCAAGAGGCACUCAAGUGACGCCCAUGGCCCACAGUCCAGGCUCUGAAUUCUGAGUGUCCCACUUGCAAGUUGUGUAAUCG